AUGGCCUUUCCCAAACCCACCAGCACCGAAAACGACGACCCCUGGGCCGAAGUCGCCGCUGCAGCCCGCAUGCUGAGCCAACGGUCCACCCCAUCCUGCGCCACCACCACAGCCAUCCAAUCCCGCUCCUCAACCAGCCCCAACGACCCACCUCCCAACGACCCAAAGCCCUCCACCACUCUCCCCGCCAUCAACACCACCCUCUUCACCACCGUCGACACCCUCCUCCCCUUCUCCACCGCCACCACCAUCCUCGACACCGGCUGCGGUUCCGGCGCCAUCACGAGCGCCCUCAUCGCCGCCCACGGGCCUUACAUCCCCAAAUCCGCCACCCUGCUCGCGGGCGACACCAGUGCCGCCAUGCUCGCCAACUUCCGCGCCCUGCGCGACGAGAAGCUGCGGUCGCAGCUGGCGCGCGACGACGAGGCGCGCUCGCUGUGGGAGAAGAUAAGGAUCGAAAGGAUCGAUGCGCAGACAUUGGAGGGCGUGGAAGAUGGGAGUGUGAGUCAUGUGCUGAGUGGGCAUGUGUAUUUUCUGUUGGAGGACUAUGAUGGGGCGUUGAGGGAGACGGCGAGGGUGUUGCGGGCUGGUGGGGUGGUGGGGAUGACGACGGGGACGGGGAGCGAGCAUCUUGAGGCGCUGGAGUGGGCGGUGGAGCAGGUUAGGCCUGAGACCGGGUUGAGGUGUAUCAAGGAGGAGUGGCGGACGAGGGAGGGGGUGGAGGGAGUGGUGCGCAGGGCGGGGUUUGAAGGGGUGGAGGUGAGGGAGGUGGAGAGUGAGAUGAGGUUUGGGGAGGGGGAGGCCAGGGGUUUGGCGGGGAUUUUGGUCGUGAUUCCGGUGGUGAAGGAGGUUGUGGCGGGGUGGCGGGCGGAGGAGAAGGAGAAGUUAGUGGAUUUGUUGGCGGAAGAGGUGGAGAGGAGGGGUGGCGAUGGGAGGGUGUUAAAGGGGUCGAACUUCGUGACCGUCGGGAGGAAGCCGUCUCAAGCCUCUGCAGUUGCUUGA